AUGCAUAAUAUCACUGUUGCUAUUAGAGUCAAACCAGUUUAAUAAACCUUUAAAACCAUUAUUGUUAAUGGGUCCACGGUUACUUUGCUUGAUCCUGAAUUAGAAUUCAAUAACCCUGUCGAUGUAAAAUGACAUUUCUAUAUUAUAUUUUACAUCCUAAAGAUCCUGAAAAAGAAUAGAAUUAAAGAUGCAUCUUAUGAGUUUGACCUUGUCUUUGAUUAAUAAGCCGAUCAAAAAGAAGUCUAUGAAAAAUCAGCAGAACCCCUUUUGGAUGAUCUUAUUUCAGGUUAAAAUGUAACUAUUUUUGCAUAUGGAGCUACAGGAAGUGGCAAAACUCAUACGUAAUAUUAUUAUCAUAAAUCUAUUCUAGUAUGAUGGGAAGCCAGAAUCAAUAAGGUAUUAUACCAAGAGCUUUGAACGAUUUGUUUGGUCGAUUAUCAAAAGAAUAAGCUGCUUAAGUAUUAACAUACCUAAUCUUUAGGCAUCACUUACUUUCUUAGAAAUAUAUAAUGAAACUAUUAGAGAUCUUUUAACUGGUAAAUUAUUGGAUUUGAGAGAAGAUGGAAAUAAAGGAUUAGUGGUUGUGAAUUUAUUCAAAGCACCUGUUCCCUCUCUCAAUGAUAUAACACAAUAUAUUAAAUAUGGUAAUAGUAGAAGAGCAAAGGAACCUACAGGUGCUAAUGAAAACUCUACAAGAUCACACACAGUUUUAUAAUUGAUGCUCAAAUAAUGCACUUUUACUUUUGUUGAUUUAGCAGGUUCUGAAAGAGCUUCCUAAACUACAAAUAAAGGAUAAAGAAUGGUAGAGGGAGCAAUGAUUAAUAGAUCCCUUUUAGUACUUGGUAAUUGUAUCAAGGCUUUAUUUUCAAAAGAAUAAUUUGUACCUUUUAGAGGUAGCAAGUUAACAAGAUUAUUAAAGGAUGCAUUAUAAGGCAAUUCUAAAACUGUUAUGAUUGCUAAUGUUGCUCCAAAUAAUUAUGAAGAUUCAUUUAAUACAUUAUUAUAUGCUCACAGAACAAGAAAUAUUGAUCCUACACCAAACAAUUUUUAAGAGAUGAUUGUAUAAUUAAGAGAGGAAAAUGAAGAUAUAAAAAAGACACUUAAGAAAUAAAAUAGUUUAUCAAAGAUGUAAUUAUAAAUUGAACAAUAAUUUAAAGAAUAAUAGAAAUAAGAGAAGAUGGAAAAACAAUAAUAAUAAUAAUAAAUAUAAUAGAUACAAUAAUAAUAAAAUUAAUAAUAAUAAGCAGAGAAAUAAGCUUAUGAUGAAGAAUAAAUUAAAUCAAUUAUAUUAAAAUAAUUUGCUUAAGAAUCAGAGUUAAUUAAAUAAUUAUUUAAGUUAGAAGAUGCUUUGAUGUAAACACAUCUAGAUAUAGUUGAAUAUUAAAAAUAAUAGAGUGUAUAAUUUUAAUAGAAAACAGAAGAUCUAAUUAAUAAAUCCACUGAAUCAAUAAAUAAUACAGAAAAUGAGUAAUUUGAAAUUGCUAUGAAAUAUAAAACUAUUUUAUAAUAAAGAAGAAAAAUAUAUGAUGUAAUUUAUUAGAUAAAUAUAUUUAGUAAUGUAUGCAAAGUUAAUUUUAAUCAGUUAAGGAUGAAUUUAGAAAAUAAGUUUAAAAUAUAGAGAAGAUGAAAGGUUUGUAAAGUGAAAAAAGAGAAGAAGUAAUGAAAAAGUUUAAAGAAUUGGAAAUUGAACAUCUCAAAAAGAUAUCUAAUUAAAAAAAUGGGAAUCAACCUUAAAUAGAUGAAGAAACCUUAAAAGAAAUUAAGAAAAAUAGAUUAUAAAGUUUAAAUAAACAAAUAAAAGAUGGAAAAUUGUGA